CUCUCACCGACUGCCUUCCUCUGAGCUUUGUAGAUGUACAUAAUCCCUGAGUUGACCCAGAAAAUAGGCAGUCGUUUCAAGAUCUGAUGCGGCAGUCUUUGUGCGCACCGUCCUCGCCUGAGCAUGAAGCGUAACCCUUUGGAAUACGUACUGUAAUUUCUAAGGAGCUUCGCGUCGCGCGGGGAAAACUGUUCUAAACGCAAGGAGCCGAAGCAAAGUCGCGCAACUUUGUGAAAACGUUACGGACCCGGACAGGAGGUAUGGCAGACCAUCUGAUGAUGCCCAUGAAUCACGGCUCAGCGGGCGCCAGUCUCCACGGUUACAGGAUGGGCAUGAACGGCGGCCUGCAGGCAGGUCACCAGCCGCACGCCAACCAGCAGGCCAUGCGGGCGCUGCCCAACGGCCAGAUGAUGCACUAUGGUGGCGGCCAGGCCAACAUGGAGACGGCCAUGAGGCAGCGACAGGCUAUGGUGGGUGGACCUAUGAACGGAGCCCAGAUGGGUCACCAUCAGAUGACCUCUGGCAACAUGAUGUAUAAUGGUCAGCAACAGCAGCAUCAGCAGCAGCAGCAGCAGCAGCAUCACCCUCAGCAGCAGCAGCAGCAGCAUCACAUGCAUCCACAGCAGCACCAGCAGCAGCAUCAGCAACAUCAGCCGCACCAGCAACAAGUCCAGCACCCGCAGCAGCAGCAGCAGCAGCAGCACCCGCAGCAGCAGCAGUUCAUGAAUGGAGGUCUAACAUCGCAGCAGCUCAUGGCCAGCAUGCAGCUGCAGAAACUAAACACUCAGUACCACGGACACCCACUAGGACCCAUGGGUGGAAACCACAUGGGGCCUGCGGCCCAGUAUCGCAUGAACCCGGCCCAGCUGGCCAACAUGCAGCACAUGGCGGGACCGGCGCUGGCCUUGAACGGCAUCGAUGCGGAUAUGAUCGACGAGGAGGUGUUGACGUCGCUCGUUAUGGAGCUGGGCCUGGACAGAGUGCAGGAGCUGCCGGAACUCUUCCUCGGCCAGAACGAGUUUGACUUCAUCUCGGACUUUGUCAGCAAACAGCAGCCCAGCACCGUUAGCUGCUGAGAGGACCCGGGUUUUCGAAUGGGCACGAGUGGGGGUGAGGACAGGGUGAGGUUUGUCCAGGAUGGACGGGGGGCGCGCGUCUCUGGCCUUUGUUUCGCGGGCGCCUCGCAGCACAGCCGUGCCGGGAUCCGGCGCGGAGCACAGCGGCGACGCCGGGUGUCCUCGGUGAAUGCACAGGGCCCACGCGAGCCGGCGCCGGAGCGCGGCCGGUCCAGGCCGGGCUUCACUUUGCCCGUUUCAUUGACGUGAAUGUAACAAAGAAAUCCUGAGACUCUCCGAAGCCACUCUGAACAAUGCUAUGACACUGUGUAGCCUCCAAGCCUGGACUCCAUGACAGUCUACCAGUUUAAAGGCGUAUUUAUUUAUUCCUAUCUCAGAAAACCCGUAUAAAGAACAACCACUGUCCCCAUUUUGGGGCUAAAGUGGCGUUUUUUUUUGUUCUUUUUUUUUUUUUUGUAGAAUGGGAAGAAAAUGAAAUUUCAGUUCUCCUGCUUGUGAUUUCCCUCCAUUCUACUUGGCCUAGUAUUCAGAGUAAGCUCAGACGACAAAGUCAAGACCUGGAUUUUCUAUGGCAACGGUGACGCACGCCGUCUGAACGGGAGCCUCAUCCAGAUUUUAAAAACGGUUCACUUUUGGUAAAGUGCUGCCUUUUUAGAUGUGAUGUUCUCGAUAAAACCUACUGCUUGUACUGUAUGAAGCUGUAAAAGUCCAACAUGUCCACACUGUUGUGUUCUAAUGGAGAUGUAGAACCGCCUUAAUCAUGCAGAUUCUUAUUUAUUUGUUGUUUAUAUUGUCCCCUUUUUGUGGUCAAGAUGGGGGGAUGGUCUUUGUGAAAAGGGUUUUGAGGAUCAAUAAAGAUGGCCUGGAUAGAA